AUGUGUCCCACAAGCGCUCAACGUCUACAGCAGACCCUCUCCCAUAUCCAACCGCCAACGGCAGCAGUACAGAUGUCAAUCAUUGAAGGGCCGACUGAGCCGAAGUUGCUGGAUCUAACGCUUGGUCAGCUACUUAGCCAGCAAGCGGAGCAGUAUGGCGACAAAGAGUGUCUCUGCUUCCCAUGGACCGGUGCGAGGUUGACAUAUACGAAUUUGAACGAUGAAAGCAUGCGCGUGGCUAGAGGUUUGUUGGCAUUAGGGAUUCAAAAAGGGGACCGAAUUGGGAUCUUGGCAGGCAACUGUGAGCAGUAUGUCUCGGUGUUCUUUGCAGCAGCCCGUAUUGGUGUGGUGCUGGUUGUUUUAAACAGCACCUACACGCCAUCUGAAAUUUACUACGCGCUCAAUCAUACAGCAACAGAGUGUCGUGUGCUUUUUAUGACACCUUAUAUUGGACAAAAUGCGCUCCAUAAGGUUCUCAAUAAACUACGACAUGAGUCAGAGCUAGGUGCAAUCCUAGAGGAUAUCAUUAUCCUCCGGGGUAGCUACAAAGAUUUCAGCACUUAUGAUAAGGUAAUCCAAUUAGGGUUAUCGCAGCCAACGUAUAUACUACAAGACCGGGAGGUCGGGUUAAGCCCAGAUGAGGUAUGCAAUAUGCAGUUCACCAGCGGGUCGACCGGCAACCCGAAGGCCGCUAUGUUGACGCACCACAAUCUGGUCAACAACUCGCGCUUCAUUGGCGACCGGAUGAAAUUGAGUUCGGUUGAUAUCAUCUGUUGUCCACCACCGCUCUUUCACUGUUUUGGCUUGGUUCUAGGUAUGCUAGCAGCCGUGAGCCACGGAGCCAAGAUCAUCUUCCCUAGUGAGAUCUUCGAUCCUAGGGUAGUGCUACGUGCAAUUUCAGACGAGAAAUGCACCGCCUUGCAUGGUGUGCCUACAAUGUUCGAGGCCAUUUUGAGCCUCCCUAGGCCCUCCAAUUUCGACAGCUCGAAUUUACGAACUGGUAUUAUUGCCGGGGCACCCGUGUCUCAAACACUGAUGAAACGACUGCUGGAGGAGUUAAACAUGCGGGAGUUUACCAGCAGUUAUGGGCUUACUGAAGCAUCUCCCACAUGUUUUAAUGCUUUUACAACGGACAGCAUCCAUGCUCGUCUCACUACCGUUGGUAAAGUGCUUCCGCAUGCGCGGGCCAAGGUCAUCGAUGCACAAGGUCACAUCGUACCAGUGGGUCAGCGCGGCGAGCUCUGCAUCGCCGGCUAUCAACUCACAAAAGGAUACUGGCAAAACCCCAAGGCAACAGCCGAGACACUAGUGACCGACAGAGAUGGCGUUACCUGGCUAAAGACGGGGGAUGAAGCGUCUUUAGACCAAGAUGGUUACUGUGGCGAAAACAUCUACCCUCUCGAGAUUGAAGAGCGCCUGGCGUCACACCCAAAAAUCGAGCUGGCCUCCGUCGUCGGCAUACCAGAUCGGAAAUAUGGCGAGGUUGUCGGUGCGUUUGUCGCGGUCUUACCGAACUCGAGACCACGCCCUUCUGAUGAGGAGCUGCGUUCGUGGACGCGUGAGAAACUUAGUCGCCACAAAGCCCCACAGUACAUUUUUGUAUUUGGUGAAGAUGGAAUCCAAAGCACGAUUCCUAUGACAGGAAGCGGCAAAAUUCGCAAAGUGGAGUUGCGAGAGAUGGCAGUAGCGGCUCUGACAGUGAAAUAG